AUGGGGGAGGGAGGUAAGAGGAGGCAGAUUAUCCCCUCUUUGAUGCCGUCGUUUGCUCAUUCUGACGAUAAUUAUGAUUCCAUUGUGCCACUAGAUCUUUGUUGUCCCAUUUAUAGCUGUCAUUUUUGUGGAGCUUUGUAUUGGCAUGCUGAACGUGUUAAAUCUGGUUCUAAAACUAAUCCUAGAUUCACUAUUUGUUGUAGUGGGGGGUCGGUUGUUCUUCCAUUGUUAAGAGAUACCCCUGCUUUUCUUGAUUAUCUACUAGAUUUAACUCAUGCUGGUUUUGUUAAGUUGUUUCGUGAAAGCAUAAGAAUAUAUAAUUCUAUGUUUGCUUUCACUUCAACUGGCGCUAAGGUAGACGCUGCCAUUAACAAUGGAUCAGGGGUUUAUGUUUAUAGGAUUAAUGGGCAAAAUCAUCAUAGGAUAGGUUCUCUUCUCCCUCAACUUGGUAAAAAACCAUCAUAUGCCCAACUAUAUGUUUUUGACACUGAGAAUGAGGUUAGUAAUAGGAUGUCAUUGUUUCCAUCUGCUGCUCAUGUUGGUGGUAUAGAUCAGGGGACUGUUUCCGAAUUGGUUAAAUUACUUGAUGAAUGUAAUGAGAUUGUUAAAGCUUUCAGGAUGGUUAGGGAUAGAUUCGAUCAAAGUGGCGUUGUUUCAGUGCGAUUGAGAUUACUUGAGAGGAGAGCACGAGAUGGUGUUCAAUAUAACUUACCUACCUCUUCUGAACUCGCUGCUUUGAUUGUGGAUGAUUUUGGUCAACACUCUGAGGGUAGAGACAAUAUAGUCGAGCAUAUAAAUUCUGGGUUGCAGCGUAUUAGUGAACUGCAUCCCAGCUUCAUGGCAAUGCAAUAUCCUAUUUUGUUUCCAUUUGGGGAAGAUGGCUAUAGGGUUGAUCUUAAACGAAAUUUAGGCCGUUGUCGUCUAUAUGGUAAGAGAGAUCGAAUAACAAUGAGGGAAUAUUAUGCAUUUAGGUUGCAACAUCGGAUUAAUGAAGCGAAGACAUUAUUAAGGGGAGGCCGUCUUCUUCAACAAUACAUUGUCGAUGCCUUUUGUUCUGUUGAGGAGAUGCGUUUACGGUUUGUGAUGGAUAAUCAAAAGCAACUUAGAGUUGAAAUGUAUAGGGGGAUUCAAGAUGCAUUACUUAGAGGUGAUACGAACACAAAUGAUGUUGGAAAGCGUAUUAUUUUGCCAUCAAGUUUUACAGCCGGUCCUAGGUAUAUGAUCCAAAAUUAUCAUGAUGCAAUGGCUAUUUGUAAGGUUUAUGGACACCCUGAUCUAUUUAUUACGUUUACAUGUAAUUCCCAGUGGCCUGAGAUCCCAAAUGCAUUAAAAUUGAUUGAAGGUCAGCGUCCUGAAGACAGGCCUGAUAUUGUCAGUCGUGUAUUUAAGAUGAAGGUUAUUGAACUCCUGAAUGAUAUUAGGAAAAAGAUGAUAUUUGGUGAUGCUCUCGCUUGUGUUCACACAAUAGAAUUUCAAAAGAGAGGAUUGUCGCAUGUGCACAUUCUUGUAUGGUUGUCUUCAUCUCAUAAAAAUCCAAGCGCAUCAAAAAUAGAUCUUUUGAUUUCAGCUGAAAUACCAGAUAAAACCAUUCAUCUGCUUGCAUUUAACACAGUUUCUAAAUUUAUGAUGCAUGGUCCUUGUGGUAUAGAUAAUCAUUUAUCGCCAUGUAUGCUUAACGGAAACUGUUCAAAACACUUUCCUAAAGAAUUUCUGUCGAAUACAAUUGUUGGUAAAGACAAUGUUCCACGUUAUAGAAGGAGAAAUGACGGUGUGUCUACUAUAAAAAAUGGUGUUCCCUUGGAUAAUAGGCAUGUACUUCCUCAAGAUGUUAAUCUCAUUGUGAAAUAUCAGGCACAUAUUAAUGUUGAGUGGUGUCUGGAUAGGGCAAGGGCAGUGAUUGAAGAGGAAUUUCAAGGUGAUUCCUUUGCUUCUGAUGGUGAAAAUACAUGUAAAAUUAUUGAUGAGAUCAAACUAUAUUUGGAUUGUCGAUAUGUGAGUGCAUAUGAAGCUGUAUGGAGAUUAUUUGAGUUCCAAAUACAUUAUAGAUAUCCAUCAGUAGAACGACUAGUUAUUCAUCUUCCAGACAUGAAUUCUAUUAUUUUUGGUGAAGAUAAGGACCUACGGUUUAUUGGACAUGUAGAAGAUCUUGGAAAGACAAUGUUUACUGAAUGGAUGGCCACUAAUUCAAACUUUCCAGAUGCACGUGAAUUAACAUAUGUUUUAUUCCCUACACGAUGGGUUUGGAAUGGCGGACAAGGGAAUGGGACGAGGCAUUGGGAGAGGCUGAACAUUGGGCAACUGCUCCACAACUCAGGCAACUUUUUAUGA